CGUCUUGAAAAGGAACCACGUGAUUGUGUAAAAAAAAAAAAAAAAUCGUGCGUUGCAUUUUGUGGUGCACGUUUAGAACUCGGAUUAGUAGACGCUCCCGAGGCGGUGAAGCGGAAGCGCGGCUGGAUACGUGAAUGACGUCCAUUUCAUUCACGCACAGACUGACUCGAGCUUGAGCCCUCGCGCAGCGCGAGCGCUAAAUGGCGUAAAGCGCACGAGCGCUCCAGAGGAAGUGGCGGGUGAAGCAGGUCCGCACCUUUUCCGGUAACAGCGCGCGACUGAGGGACUGAACAGAGACACACAGAGAGACUGGAGGGGGACCGAAGAGGAGCGGGGAUAGCGGAUUUGUGGGAGUCUGGCGCGUUUGGAAGGGGGAGAAGACACGGAGAACGGAAACUCGGAUGAAUCAAUGACCUUUGGAGGAGUUCUUUUGGUUUUCUUUCUUCUCGCCGUUGCCGGCUGAACGCCUUCCAGUUUGCUGCUACGCCAUUAAGAGCACAAUGGUCACCGUGUACUCUUGAAGGGAAUCCCGGGCGCUUGAAUGAGGAGUCGAGAGCCGGAGAGCACAAGGAGGAAGUCGGAGCUGCUGCUGUGGGCCGCUGUGUGCGCUGAAGUCUGAACCACAUUCAGCUAAAAAGUGGAUUUUUCUUUUUCUUUUUUUUCUUUUUUUUCUUUCAGAAGGUUUUGAGACACCCAGACACUGAGACAGGUUCAGAAGGUUUAUCCACACCUUCUUAUUUCUUUAACUUCAAUAUCUUUCAUUCCUCUGAAGUAUGCAAAUCGAUUGAUCUCAGAAGUUCGUAUCAAAGAAAAGCCAUACUUUUGGUUUGCAAAGCAAUAGUUUUGCAGUCUGUUACAGUAUCAAAGAAUUGCUGGUGUUGCGUUAAAAGCUGAAGUAUUACAAGUAGCACAUAACAUAGCCAAAGGUACGUUACCAAAAAAAAACAGACCUUUUUUUCUUUCUUUAUAAUAAACAUAAUAUAUGCACAACCAACAAGAUGGGGAAAAUGCUUUCGAAGAUCUUUGGAAACAAGGAGAUGAGAAUAUUGAUGCUUGGACUUGACGCGGCUGGUAAGACGACCAUCCUUUACAAACUCAAACUGGGACAGUCGGUGACGACCAUUCCGACCGUGGGCUUCAAUGUGGAAACGGUCACUUAUAAGAAUGUGAAGUUUAACGUGUGGGAUGUGGGAGGUCAGGACAAGAUACGACCGCUUUGGCGGCACUACUACACAGGCACACAGGGGCUCAUCUUUGUGGUGGACUGCGCUGACAGAGAUCGCAUCGACGAGGCCAGACAGGAGCUGCACCGCAUCAUCAAUGACCGUGAGAUGAGGGACGCCAUCAUCUUGAUAUUUGCCAACAAGCAAGAUCUUCCUGAUGCAAUGAAGCCACACGAGAUCCAGGAGAAGCUUGGCUUGACCCGUAUCCGAGACAGGAAUUGGUAUGUGCAGCCCUCAUGCGCUACCACGGGUGAUGGACUAUACGAGGGCCUGACCUGGCUCACUUCAAAUUAUAAAUCUUAAUGUACUGCUCAGUUGAACUGGUCAGUGCAAGAGAAAUAGAUAGAUUAAAAAAAAACUAAAAUGAGCAAGAAUAAGAAAAUCAAACGGAAUCAUUUAACAAAUACUUUGUUUUGCAAAUGUUGGCAAAAAAAAAAAAGUUUGCUUAUAAUCCUAAUUCUGUUGAUUUUUGAUCAUGCCCUGUAACAAUUUUCUUUUGUGUUAUGUACCAAUCCUUUUGGUUGGCGCUUACAUUUGCUUUUGGCACUAUUACAAUUAUAUUACAUUUAAAUGCCACUCCUUCGUUUUCAGAUUACAUGAAAGGGUUCUUUUGGAAACGUAGAGCUGUAGCUUUCUAUUGCUCUUAUUAAGAUUUCUUUUGCCUUUGCAGUUUUUUGUGAUCCCCGAUCAUCUUUUCUUUUAUCCACAGCACCAUUAUUAUGUUCGUUUUCUGCUUGUCUUUUGAGUUCAUGGAAGUCUGACUUUGCCUAUGAAUGUAGUAGGAGUUGCCACCCACCCUUGUCUCACAACUCGCACACUCCAAGGUCUCUUUUCAUUUCAGACACGUUAUCUGUCCCAGAAUGGCAUCAUGACUUCCAAUUUUUUCAUUUGUCAUCAUGUCUGAAGAAUUCAGAAAUGUAAAGAGUAAAAGCUGUCCUUUUUUGUGUGAGGUGUUUUAACAGGAAGACGAUUUGCUGUCUCAGUUCAGUACCUCCAUGUUUAUUUAAAAACAAAACAACAACUUUGAAUUAAUAUCCCAUUUUCCCUCAUUUUGUGACACUGGCUAUGGUUUGGUCUUUAAGAGGGUGGAGAUUCCACUGUUAAUGAGUAUUUAAAAUGUUUGUUUCUUCGGGAAGCGCGGACAAAAGGUGUUUCACAAUAGAUGAGCCAACAUGACUAAGAGCUGUGUGGAAUUUACAGAGGGAGAGAUGCCUGUAAUGGUGUCAGUACAAGGGCCAUUUGCUGACGUGAGCAAUUCAGCAUUUCUGCUCUGACCUUGUGCAACAAAAAGUGUUUACUAACCCUACUACCUUUACUCACCUAGAUCUUUCAUGGUGCUCUGGAUUCUGAUCUGCAAAUACAAUACCCAUCAGCUGCACGGUGCUGGCCGACAAGCCUGUUUGUUUCAAUAAAUAAUUUGUUGUAUUAUUUACAGCAAUGUGUUAUGCCGAAGAAAGAAUCGUAUUCCCAUUCAACAAUAAAACUGCACAUUCUUGA